AUGGUUUGGUUUCUUAUAUGUUUUUUGCUAAGCCUGACGGUUAAUAUUACCGCCUACGUCAUUUCUCAACCCAACCCUGCACAAGGGAUAACACAUCUAGAAGAUGGCGAGAUUGCAAAUCUUCGUCGGUACAUCAGUUACGCAGCCGUUACUUAUUGCGAAAACAACAACGAUCUCGAAAAUUGGAAUUGCGGCAAACAUUGCAAUAACACACCUGGUACAGAAUUUGUACAGGCGUUCAGUGCAAGCCGUACUUUUUUGGAAUUUUUGGGUGACAACUAUGGUUAUAUUGCGGUAAACCACGAGUUUCUGGAAAUUGUCAUUGCUUUCAGAGGCACAACAAAUCUUUUAAAUGUAGCAGAAGAUUUGUACAGCAUAGAAAGCGCGUUUCAAGCUGAAGGAGUUAGUUACGAUGGAAGGAGCAUAGCGCCAGCCGUUAGCAAUAAGAUUUAUGUUCAUAAAGGAUUUUACGAUGCUUGGAAAUCACUCAAAGGCAAAAUUAAUGACAAAUUAAACAGCCUGAUCAAACAGUAUCGAGGAUACUCUGUUGUGGUAACUGGACAUAGUUUAGGCGGCGCAAUGGCAGUACUUCAAGCGGUGGAUAUUAAAACAACUUAUCCCGAAAUAAUGCCACGACUAUACACAUACAACGCUCCACGGGUUGGAAACGAGUAUUUUGCUUUUCACGUAGACACCGUGUUGACUUGGAUACGACGGGUAGUCGUGGAAACCGAACCCGUUUCACACUUUUUCCAUGGUCCCAUGAUUUCGAGAACGCUUGAAAUUUAUAAUUGGAAACACCACAAAGGCGAAGUGUGGAUUGCAGAUCACACCCGAAAGAAAGAUGCCACCUUUAAAUGUGCGGGAGAUGAAAAUAAGGAAACACAGUGGCCAUUCUUUUGGGACAUUAUGACCAGUAACGAUUGGAACGGUUGCAAAAAGUUUACAGACUUUCUCUACUACUGA